UUUACUGUCCGUUGUGAAAAAUAAAGAAUCUGGCUAAUCACUUUCAGCUAAAAUGGAAAAUAGUGUGGAUUUGGUUUUUACGGAAGCUUACCUAAUGCCCAAGAAGCAGUAUCUGCUCCAAGGCAGAGUCCCAUUGGACUUUGAAGUAAUGGGACCCCCGAAGAUUAAGAUAAAUGAUAUUGCUGAGGCGGCAACUGCUGUUCCUCCUGAUGUUUUAGAUUUCACCGACUUACCCGACCUAAACCAGCCGCUGCCGGAAGUUUCCAUUCGCGAGCAACUGCGUCUGACCUCCGUGAACCGCGGGAAAAUCGUCAGAUGGCAGCUCGCUCACCAGGCCCAGCUGCUGGCCAUGUGGCACUCCCACUCACCCGGAAAUUAAGUUCAGGGAUAGAACCAUGGAGUCAGGCGUUGAUUGAUGACCAUAGGAGGACUUUUCCUGGGUUCAACUUAUGACAGAUAGUGAGAGAUAUGUGAUGCUCUCAUUUCCUGUGAAUUGAUAUGUACAAUUAACAAUGGGAAACCACAAAUAAUAGACUAGAAAGCAACAAGAAAUAUA